AUGAGCGGGGAAGUGCUGGCUGCUGCCGCCGCCGCCGCCGCUCGCUCGCUGGACGAGUUGUUGUUGUCACACGAUGUAAUUUUCCCAGCCCUUUUCAACAGUCGCUUGUCAACACAGUUUGUGGAGAAACACGAGCGUCUCCAGCGAUCCCCCAAAGCCGGGCGGGAGCGGGGGAGCCGGGGCGCGGGGCGGGCGCUGGGCACCGCACACCUUGCCGGGGCAGACAAAAGCAGAAACCUCCGGACGGGGCUGUUGCUCUUGCUGCUGCUGUGGCUCUCCCGGGACCACAGACGCUCCUCCCGCCGGGGUGGGAGUUGCUGCCGAGGGUCCCCUUUGUUGCGCGGCGGGCGGCGGCGGCUGCGCGGGCAGCCGCACGCGGCAGCAUCCGCGGAGCGCUUCCCUGCGGCGGCCGCGGAGCGCUGGGGACGAGGCACUAGGGCUCAGGCCGCCGAGACGCCGCGCCGAGCGGGCUGCGGCGGCACAGAAGUAACUUGGGAGAGGGGCAGGCGGGCGGCCCGCGCAGGUCCCGCCGCGCAACAGGUGCCGGCGGCGCGCAGCGGGCGCGCAGCCCCGGCCCGGCCCCUCCGCGCCCGAGAGCGCGCAAAGUCAGCCGGCGCGCUCGGCCGCGCAUGCGCAGCGGGGCGGCGGCGGGCGCGGUACCUGCCGGCCCCGCGCCGGGAUGCGGCUGGAGCGCCGGGCUCCGUCGGGAAAGCCCGGGGCUGCGUUCUGCGUGUCUUGAGGGCACUUCGCACUGUGAAAGGGAAAGCCAGCUCUGUCCAUAUUUUCUUUCCCUCGCCUGUUCUUUUGCAUGUCACCUUUUCUCACACCUUGUGAAGACAGAACAGCUCCAUAAGAAGAUCAGGACAGAGCCAGACACGCGUGAUAUUGCCACUUGGAGAUCUGGGUGAACUCUAAAUUAGGAAAGCUGCCACUUCAUUUGUUCUCUACUUUUCCUACAACAUGAUUCCUACACCAGCUCUUCUGUUUUUCUAUUUGCUUUGUCUUCCCACAGUUACAUAAUUCUCAGGGUCCAAAGGAAAAUGUAGUUUAAAAAGGUUUACUACCAGGGGUUUGGGUUAACCUUGAUGAUAUCAAUUCAACACUGGGAUUAGAAACCUAGAAAGAAAGAUUUUUGAAAAAGUUCGAGAUUCCUCAAAGCUUCUGGCACGGUAAGUGUUUCUAAUUAUUAUGGGGAGUGUCUCAAUUUAAUUUAACUCGCACCUAUAGUGACACACUCACAUAAACCAAUAAAUCCUGAGGUCAUUCUCUGUAAACUUCUCUGGAUUGCAUUUCUCUUACUUGCUGAUGCUUUCGUGUAAUGAUAUUGUUGGGUGUUUUCUUUUUCUCCCUCUGAGUUGAUAUCAGCAAAACUCAAAUUACUGUAACUGAUAUUUGAAAAUUCUCCCUGUGUCAAGUGAAGACUUAUGGUGCUGAAAUCAAUAAGACUGUUUAAAAUUCAAA